GCAUGUGCGUGCGCACGUGUUGUGGGGGGGGGCGUAGGCGUAGGCGUAGGCGUAGGCGUGAGUGUUGCUGGCCUCUACUCGGGACACGUAUCUCUUUGGGGCAGGCGCGCCGAGAAUUGCAGUCACUCUCUCUCUCUCUCACACACACGCAGAGACGCUCCCCUUUGGGUCAGCAGGCGGCCGCCGGGGGGCGCUGGAGGCGAGCGCGGCGCUCUAGGCCGCUGCGCUCAGCCGGGCUGGCUCUAUGGUGCUCACUCUGCGAACCCCGCGGCCCCCGCCCCACCGCGGUCACACCACCCGCCCGCCGGCCGCGGCGCUGCGUCAGCCGGACAAGAUGGAGACCGCCGAGGAAGACAUAUGUAGGGUGUGUCGGUCUGAAGGAACACCUGAGAAACCCCUCUAUCAUCCGUGCGUGUGUACUGGCAGUAUUAAAUUUAUUCAUCAAGAAUGCUUAGUUCAGUGGCUGAAACACAGCAGAAAAGAAUACUGUGAAUUAUGUAAGCACAGAUUUGCUUUCACACCAAUUUAUUCCCCAGAUAUGCCUUCACGGCUUCCAAUCCAAGAUAUUUUUGCUGGACUGGUUACAAGUAUUGGCACAGCAAUACGAUACUGGUUUCACUAUACACUUGUGGCCUUUGCAUGGUUGGGAGUUGUACCUCUUACAGCAUGCCGUAUCUACAAGUGCUUGUUUACUGGCUCCGUGAGCUCACUAUUGACACUGCCGUUAGAUAUGCUGUCAACGGAAAAUUUAUUGGCAGACUGUUUACAGGGUUGUUUUGUGGUCACAUGCACACUCUGUGCAUUUAUCAGUCUAGUGUGGUUACGUGAACAGAUUGUCCAUGGAGGAGCACCACAGUGGUUGGAACAAAAUCAACAGCCACCGAAUGGUCUUGGCCAACAGAAUGAGGCUCAGGGGUUAGGAAAUGAUGGAGGUGAAAAUGCUGCACUUGAUCAACCUGCUAACCCACCUGCUGAGAAUGCAGUUGUAGGCGAAAACCCAGAAAUUCAGGAAGAACCGGGAGAUGAGGAAGAUGAAGACAAUGAAGAUGAAGAAGAUGCUGUAGUAGAAGAUGCAGCAGAUGCAAACAAUGGAGCCCAAGAUGACAUGAAUUGGAAUGCUUUGGAAUGGGAUCGAGCAGCAGAAGAGCUUACAUGGGAGAGAAUGCUUGGGCUUGACGGAUCUCUGGUUUUUUUAGAACAUGUCUUUUGGGUGGUGUCUUUAAACACACUGUUCAUACUUGUGUUUGCUUUUUGUCCUUACCACAUUGGUCACUUCUCUGUUGUUGGCCUGGGUUUUGAGGAAUAUGUUCAAGCAUCUCACUUUGAAGGCCUGAUCACAACAAUAGUUGGCUAUGUGCUGCUAGCAAUAAAUCUAAUUGUUUGUCAUGGUUUGGCAGCGCUUGUAAAAUUCCAGAGAUCACGUCGCUUAUUGGGAGUCUGCUAUAUUGUUGUUAAGGUUUCCUUAUUAGUGGUUGUAGAAAUUGGUGUGUUCCCCCUUAUCUGUGGCUGGUGGCUGGAUAUAUGCUCCUUGGAAAUGUUUGAUGCUACUUUGAAAGACAGAGAGUUGAGCUUUCAGUCUGCCCCUGGUACCACAAUGUUCCUACACUGGUUAGUGGGAAUGGUUUACGUCUUUUACUUCGCAUCUUUCAUUCUCUUACUGAGAGAGGUACUGAGACCUGGUGUCCUGUGGUUUCUGAGGAAUUUGAAUGAUCCGGAUUUUAAUCCAGUUCAGGAAAUGAUUCACUUGCCGAUUUAUAGACAUCUCAGGAGGUUUAUUUUAUCAGUGAUCGUCUUUGGGUCAAUUGUCCUGCUCAUGCUUUGGCUUCCUAUACGUAUUAUUAAGUAUCUGUUGCCUAAUUUUCUUCCAUAUAAUGUCAUGCUCUACAGUGAUGCUCCAGUGAGUGAACUUUCUCUGGAGCUGCUUUUGCUUCAGGUGGUGCUGCCAGCUCUGCUUGAACAAGGACACACGAGACAGUGGUUGAAAGGUCUUGUACGAGCAUGGACUGUUACAGCUGGGUACUUGCUGGACCUCCAUUCUUACUUACUUGGAGACCAGGAAGAGAAUGAGAACAAUGCAAACCAGCAACCUAAUAACCAGCAUGCUCGCAAUAACAAUGCCAUUCCAGUUGUGGGAGAAGGUCUUCAUGCAGCCCAUCAAGCCAUACUUCAGCAAGGAGGACCUGUGGGUUUCCAGCCUUACCAUAGGCCUUUAAAAUUCCCACUCAGGAUAUUUCUGUUGAUUGUUUUCAUGUGUAUAACAUUACUGAUUGCCAGUCUUAUCUGCCUUACAUUACCAGUAUUUGCUGGCCGUUGGUUAAUGUCGUUUUGGACGGGAGCAGCCAAAAUCCAUGAACUGUACACAGCUGCUUGUGGUCUUUAUGUCUGCUGGUUAACAAUUCGGGCGGUGACGGUUCUAGUCGCAUGGAUGCCGCAGGGUCGCAGAGUGAUUUUUCAGAAGGUUAAAGAGUGGUCCCUCAUGAUAAUGAAGACACUGAUAGUAGCUGUGCUACUAGCUGGUGUGGUUCCACUUCUGCUUGGUCUUCUGUUUGAACUGGUAAUUGUUGCUCCUUUGAGAGUUCCUUUGGAUCAGACACCUCUAUUCUACCCAUGGCAGGACUGGGCUCUUGGAGUUCUUCAUGCCAAAAUAAUUGCUGCCAUAACUCUGAUGGGCCCACAAUGGUGGUUGAAAACAGUUAUCGAACAGGUUUAUGCAAAUGGAAUUCGUAAUAUCGAUUUACAUUUUAUCAUUCGAAAACUGGCAACUCCUGUAAUCUCUGUUCUAUUACUUUCCCUUUGUGUACCUUAUAUCAUAGCUUCUGGUGUUGUUCCUUUGUUAGGUGUUACUGCUGAAAUGCAAAAUUUAGUACAGCGCCGAAUUUAUCCUUUCCUACUCAUGGUGGUGGUUUUGUUGGGGAUCCUGUCCUUCCAGGUCCGCCAGUUCAAGCGCCUUUAUGAACAUAUUAAAAAUGACAAGUACCUUGUUGGACAACGACUUGUGAAUUACGAGCGAAAAUCUGGUAAACAAAGCACAUCAACACCACCACCUCAGUCUUCGCAAGAAUAGAAUGGUCACAUUAAACACCUUAAGCUUUUCUUUGCCUUUACAUGUCCUUUUUCACAGACUUUUCUUCAAUCUUUGGACAUACUUCCCAAUGAUCUUCUCAGCAGUGUUUUUAUUUUUCGCUUCUCUUUGUAGCAAUCAGAUAGCAGUUAAGGUUCUUUGUCUUUACCUGCAUAUUCUGAUGUUAUCCAUGCUGUCUGAGGUCUGUAAAUGUGUAAAUAGAAGUAUCCUGAUACCUAAAACCUUGGAUUAAAAAGAAUGUGCAUUGUACAUCUUUAAAAAAAGUAUAUUAAUUUAUUAAAUCGAGUUGUCACUUUAUUUUGGACUGCUGUUCUGUUGACAAACAAUGUGCCACAAAUGAAUGGUGCAAAGGGGCAAGUCAUUUUUAUAAAAAUUGGAGCAUAUUUUAUGGUGUUCAUGACAGUUCUUAUUACAGUAAUAGUAAUACGAUUUUCUUGGGCUGGAAGGCCACACUGGGAAUAUAAAAAGGAAAUAACCACCCUUCCAGUCAGCAGUGAAGUGGCUGUGGUAAGAACACAAUGAACUAUGUACCUUACCGUCGGUCUUUUUUAUUGUUUUGUAUAACACCAAAGCUGUUGUACAUUUUCUAUUGCCUGAUUAUUUUUUUUCAUGUGUCUGGGUUUGUAAUAUUGUACAGUUACUGGUAGGUCAAGAAAAAUAUUUCCUUAUUUAGACAGUACUUUAGGGGCUCAGUGAUAUUCUUUGGCACUGGAAAUCAGGAUUUCAUGAUUCUAAGCACUAAAUCAAAAUUCAAUAGCGCUAAAUGGUAGGAGCACUUAAACCUGCCAAUUGAGGGGUAUGUAAGAAGACUACAGUUCUAAUUCUCAACCAGUAUUUCCCUGAAAUAUCUAAAGCUCUGCAUUUUAAAUGAUUACAGUAAAUUUCCCUAAUGAGUUUUUUUACUCAGGAGAAGCUUAGCUGACAUGUUUGCACAGGACCAUAGUGUAAGAAACAUGCUGUGAAAUGCUCUUUCACUGAAGACCUUGAAAAACUUUUUUUCUUAUAACCGAAGCUGCAAAUUAUACUAUAAACGUUGUGUUAGAUCACAUACGAAUAAAAUAAAUCUUUACCUUUUCAUUUGUAAGGGAGUAACACUAGAAACUUUCAGUGAACAUGUACAGAAUGUUAUCUGUGGAAAAAGAAAUCCACAUAGUAUUAAACAGAGUUAAAGAAAAAUGAACUAAUUUCUUUGCAAAGAUGCAGCCAAACGAGAGCCACCAAAAUCAAGUUCAACAAUUUCUGAUAUUUUUAUAUUUAGAUAGAAAUUUUUUCAGUGGUGAUAAUGAUUUUUUACAUAGAUGUCUUUUAAAGAAAAAUACAGAACAAUAAUACAAAGCUUUAAGUAGAGUUAAAUCAUGUGCUUAGAUGCAGUUAUCCGUUUCCGGACUGUAUGAGGAAAAAAAUAUAUGGAGAUUUAUUGUGAUAAUCAGAAAACUAAAGGAACAUGCUUAAAUUACUACUCAGCAUUCUCCCUGAGCAUUGCAUAUUUAAUUAUAUGUAUAUAAAAUAUAAUACAUUGGACAUACAAGAUACUGUAUCUCUGCCUUUGAUUUGACAGUGAAGUUUGAGAGCUGUAUUGGUCCAGGAUUUUUUUAAACCAAAUUAAUAUCUUGGUAUCAGGAGCCUAGAUUCCUUGACAAUGUACACAAGCCAAAUGCAUCAGUGUAAAGCAGUAGGAGGAUUGGGCUAUUGCUACCAAGAGGUCAACAACUGGUACUUUACAUUACUUUAUUCUAGUAAUUUUGAACUAUAAUAUGUGAGCACUUCAGAGUGAUUCUUAGAAAUUGUCCAGUAAAAUGAAGUAAUGGAAAAAUGGCCUAAAAAUUUUCACUGUCCGUGUCAAUUUAAAGUUAAAUUGAGUAUUCACAUCCCAAAUAUUUUUGACAUGCAAAUGUUUUACAUUUGAAUGUGUAUAGUGGUGUACUUUCUGUAAGAUAAAUAUUUUUCAAAAAGAGGAAAUUUACUGGUAACGCUUUGAGUUCCACCAAGAUUUGAUCCAGGACGAAGUCUUUGGUAAACAAUUCCAAACAGUCUUACCACUCACAUAUUGCCAGCACUGCUGUGCUGCUUCAUGUAGCAUUUUCAGUAGUGCACUCUUGUAAUUUGUGUUUUUUAUCCAGAUAAACUGGUCUUCAAGAAAUAUUAAAGUUUAUUAAGAAAAA